AUGACCUACUAUGUUGGCUGUAUUGACAUUCACGGAGGAAAAGUGAAACAGAUUGUGGGUAGGACUUUGGAUUCGGACGAUAAUAUUUCGAAACAUGAUUCGAGUCUAGCUACCAAUUUUGUUAGUGAGAAGCCAUCUUCAUACUAUGCAAAUCUAUACAAGAUACAUAAUAUUAUCCGGACUCAUGUGAUUAAGUUAGGAUCUCUGGAAGAAAAUAAUCUGGUAGCACUGGAAGCAUUAAAGAAAUGGCCGGGCCAUAUGCAGAUAGGAGGUGGAAUCAACGAUACAAACGCUCAAUACUGGAUUGAAAAUGGUGCAGAUAAGGUAAUUGUAACGUCAUGGUUAUUUCCAGGUGGAGAAUUUGACGAGGCUCGUUUAGAGAAAAUCCAUGAACUGGUAGGAAGAGAACAUUUGGUAGUCGAUCUAAGCUGUCGGAAAAGAAGGGACGGAAACUGGGUUGUGGCCAUUAACAAAUGGCAGACAUUGACUGAGAUGGAACUUAAGAAAGAAGUGUUUGAGAUGUUUGAGAGAUACUGCUCUGAAUUCUUAGUUCACGCUGCCGAUGUGGAAGGAUUAUGUCAUGGAAUAGACAAGGAAUUGGUUGGAAAACUUGGCGAAUGGUGUCAUGUUCCUGUGGUGUAUGCUGGAGGAGCCAGAUCUGUGAAUGAUUUAGACUUGGUGGACGGAUUGAGUAAGGGCAGAGUAGACUUGACGUUUGGAAGUGCGUUGGACAUUUUUGGAGGAAAGUUGGUCAAAUUUGAGGAUUGUUGUAAGUGGAACGAGAGACCAAACAAAGCUUAG